GCUGUGUGUCGCGUCAUCUGACCAGCAGCACGUUUAUCUAUUUCUCCGGCUCAACACUCGCCCUAGAAAAGAGGCAAGUUCUGAUUUUGGGAAACACAGCGACAAGAGACUGAGGAUUGGACGCUGGUGAAGUCGAAACAGGACGUUCUUUUCCCGCAUCCGCAGCGCACCAUGAGGGAAAUUGUUCACAUCCAGGCAGGGCAGUGUGGAAACCAAAUUGGGGCGAAGUUUUGGGAGGUGAUAAGUGAUGAGCAUGGCAUCGAUCCCACUGGUAGUUACCAAGGUGACAGUGACCUACAGCUGGAGAGAAUAAAUGUCUACUACAACGAGGCAUCAGGGAGUACAGGCAGCAAAUAUGUCCCCCGUGCCAUUCUUGUGGACCUGGAGCCAGGAACCAUGGAUUCAGUUCGCUCUGGCCCAUUUGGACAGCUAUUCAGACCUGACAACUUUGUUUUCGGUCAAAGUGGGGCAGGAAAUAACUGGGCCAAGGGUCACUACACCGAGGGAGCUGAACUGGUGGACUCGGUACUGGAUGUCGUGAGGAAGGAGUCUGAGAACUGCGACUGCCUCCAGGGCUUUCAGCUUACACAUUCACUGGGUGGAGGUACAGGCUCAGGAAUGGGCACACUGCUCAUCAGCAAGAUCCGUGAGGAGUACCCUGACCGCAUCAUGAACACCUUCAGCGUCAUGCCAUCCCCAAAGGUGUCUGACACUGUGGUGGAGCCCUACAACGCCACUCUCUCUGUCCACCAGCUGGUGGAAAACACAGAUGAGACCUUCUGCAUUGACAAUGAGGCUCUGUAUGAUAUCUGCUUCCGCACACUGAAGCUGACCACACCUACAUACGGAGACCUCAACCACUUGGUAUCAGCCACCAUGAGUGGAGUGACCACCUGCCUCCGUUUCCCUGGCCAACUCAACGCUGACCUCCGUAAACUGGCCGUCAACAUGGUGCCCUUCCCCCGUUUGCAUUUCUUCAUGCCAGGAUUUGCGCCUCUCACAAGCCGGGGUAGUCAGCAGUAUCGUGCCCUCUCUGUGUCAGAGCUCACACAGCAAAUGUUCGAUGCUAAGAACAUGAUGGCGGCCUGUGACCCUCGUCACGGGCGCUACCUCACUGUGGCAGCCAUCUUCCGUGGCCGUAUGUCAAUGAAGGAAGUGGAUGAGCAGAUGUUGAGUGUGCAGAACAAAAAUAGCAGCUAUUUUGUUGAAUGGAUUCCAAACAAUGUCAAAAUCGCUGUUUGCGACAUUCCUCCUCGUGGUCUCAAGAUGUCCGCCACCUUCAUUGGCAAUAGCACGGCCAUCCAGGAGCUGUUCAGGAGGCUCUCUGAACAGUUCACAGCCAUGUUUCGUCGCAAGGCCUUCCUCCACUGGUACACUGGAGAGGGAAUGGAUGAGAUGGAGUUCACUGAGGCUGAGAGCAACAUGAAUGACCUGGUGUCUGAGUAUCAGCAGUACCAGGACGCCACAGCUGAUGAGAUGGGGGAAUAUGAAGAUGAUGAAAUAGAGGGUGAGGACGAAGGCCGUCAUGAUGUUCACCACUGAUUAUCAAACACUGACCCGACAAACAGAGUGAACCACUCCCUCCAAAUACUAGUAAUUGUUGUUGGACAGUGCACUGUGAUCAUAAGAAGCCCGCCAGAGAUGCAGAUGUUAAGCUACCUUUUCCAGUGUGCAGAUCAUGUUGAAAUAUAGCUGUUUAGCAAAAACUGUGCUGCGUAUAGGUAUGACUUAUACUAAAGAUCAUGAGUGGCUUUAGAUUUUAAACGUAUGCAAAUAUUAUUUGCUUUUCCAAGUCAUGCUUUGCCAAUGUCAACAAGGAAUUGCUGUCUUGUCCUGGACACAGUUUUGUAAUAUUUACUUAAACAUGCAUUCACUCAUCUUAUGAAUAAAAGAUCCAGUCCUGUCAA